AUGUCGAAUAAACAUGGGGGUGUAACGUGUAAUGGCUGCUCACGUAGAGAUUUUAGAUUUAGACGGUAUAAAUGUCUCGUUUGUCAGGACUAUGAUCUCUGUGGAACGUGUUUUGAUAAUCAACAAGAAACUGACAAACAUUCAAGUGCUCAUCCAAUGCAGUGUUUGCUCACUAAGGCUGACCAUGAUGUAUUUUAUUGUGGAGAAAGUUCAACUAAACAAUGUGUUCAAAGUUUCACCUGUUCAGUAUGUGGCCAGCUAGGUUUCACAGAGUCAUCUUUAUCGAAUCAUGUAUUUUCCCAUCAUCCAAAUGCUGGUAAUUCAGAAGUACUCUGUCCAUUCUGUGCAGUUCAAACUGAAGGUGAUCCGAAUCGUACAACGCAUGACAUUGCUGGUCAUUUCAAAAGUGUUCAUAGUCUUUCACCUUCAGGGAAUAAUAGUAAAAGUCCUGAACCAUUGAAUGUAACCAGCCAUUCUUCAAUUCCGGGUUCAUUUAUUCACCGUGGCAGUUCUGCUAAUCAGAAAUCCUCUAACACUGCAAGUUUAUCCACUCGAACAACUAAUCAACCACGUGUUCACGAUGUCGGUAUUGACAAACCUGUGAAUCGCAACUGCACUACUACAUUACACAACCGCUUGGUGGUUGACUCAUCAUGUCACAAUCAAAAUACUGAGAAUAUGAAUCGUAUUACAUCACAGCUGAUAUCAUCGAAUUCACGUUUCACUCCUGGUAGUAUAGUAGCAAUGAAAAACUACUUGAAAGCAUUAAAACGCAAUGACAAGAAGUACAAUAGUGACAGUAUCAAUAAUGGAUUGUCUAAUGAACAACAACAGGCUAAGGAGUUCACAGACGAUGAUAAUCAAGAAGCAGAUCAAAAUUCAAUCAACACUCAUCUUGAUCUAUCUGGUAAGGGAACAGAUUCACAGUCUACAGUUGAUAAAUCAUACCACACUGGAGCUAUGCUGUCUCAUGAUAGUAACAAUCAAGAAUCAGUAGUUGAAAGUCAAUGCAACUUACCGACUGAUUGUGCAACAACCUCUUCUGGUAAUCAGGAAUCAAAGUCUGAUGAAACUUGUAUCUCUCCGUCUCCUCUUGAGAAUGCAAACGCUAACGACCAAGCAGACAUUCCGAUCACUGAUAGUAAUCGAUACCUAGAGUCUUUAACAUCUGAAAUGUUAGAUCAUAAGCUGAAUUCACUAUUCCCUAACCCCUCAAAAUGUACAAAAUCAGCUUCAGGUGAUCCGCAUCUGAAAUCAGGCAAUGAUGAUAAAUCAAAAGACGCUAACAAAAAGCUAAUUUUUAAUUCUCAUGCAAACGAUCAUCAGUCAGAACUGCCAACUAAUAUUCAAGAUGAGUGGGAUAUUAAUUGGCAUAUGUUUUUAAAUGAACUAAUUUGGUCCAGCCUUUGUAGUGUCGAAACACCAUCGAGGAUCAGCUAA